AUACACUACCUGUCAAAACUCGGACACUUCAUCUCGAUUUCCUGUUUCUGGUAGAAUGACUGCCAACUUGAAGUUGAAGAGACUUUUAGAACAUUGCGUGAAAAAUGACUUCAUUUAUCCUAAAGAAUGUCUUAUGGAUUACAACUCAACGGCAUUCACCAGCUUCAAUUUUGGACCCCUUGGAACAAUACUGCGGCAGAAUAUCAUCAAACAAUGGUGGAAAUCUGUAUGUGUGUCACAAGACAAUGUUUUCCCAGUAGAAAAUACUCUCAUUGAUACAUUGACUAUGAAGAAGAAAAGAAAAAAUUCACAGCAAAAGCAAAUUUCUCUUGAUACAUUGCAGCAUUACUCUUCAGUAUAUAAUAUGGUACAAGGGCAAUUACCCUUUGGAAUUGCAACGGUUAAGACAGACUUUGGAACAGAUGUCACCCAGAAAGAAACUAACAAAGUUCUAUAUAACAGUCCGCAAUAUGCAUCAAUGCUUCUUUAUUAUUUUGUACAUCCGAGGAAUGAGAAAAUAUCAUUUGACUUCUGGAAAAGACAUAGAAUCCAAUGGUGGAAGAGUUUCGCUGAUAACCCAUCAAAUUUCACCAUGGGUCAGGUGAGGAAAGAGGAGGAUUAUACUCAGUUAGAUAUCCUAUAUAGUUUCCCCUGGGGUGACGAUACCAUUGAGACACUGAGGAACUACAAUGAAGGAUUCCAACCUGGUGCUAAAAUGACAAAGACUGUUAAGAAGAAAAGGUCAAGAAAGUUAGCUGGUGUGGAGGAAGACCCUAAUGCUACUAUAGCAACCAUACCUCACAUGUUUGAGACAAAUGCCGUCUUAGAAAGAGCAGUACUGGCAUACCUACUUGAUGCAUGUAAUGAUACAAAUGGAAAAAGAAUAUCUAAAAGGAGAAAAAAUGAUGAAACAUUGUUGCUCAACUUACACAGGAAACUUGCGCCUUACACAGUUGCCCUGUCAACCCCCGAGCGCCCCAAUCAACAUAUUCAAGAGGUGACCAGGCAGUUGGUGCAGGAGUUGAGGAAGGCAGAGAUUUCUGUCCUCAGUACACAUGACCCUAGGCCAAUAGAGGAGCAAUAUGAAAGAUACUCUGGUAUGGGAAUUCCAUUAUGUUUGACACUUCAUGAAGGAACUUUGGAUAAUGGGUUACUUUAUAUGCGGCAUAGGAACACAAAAAUUAAGGAAGAAAUCCAUGUAACAAAAGUUUGUGAAUAUCUACUGAAGUUUCUAGCUGCUGAUUGAAGACACUGUGUGAAUAAAGGAGGCUCAAACAAAUUUUUACUCAGGGAUGAUAUCUGGUAAAAAUGUUACAGUUCCAGAAGGCAAUGUUUUAUAAGUAGAUGACAUUUAGGGGAGAACCCUUGAAGUAGCCUAAGAGCUUUGCUGAAAUAAGUGCCAUCAAAUUUGGAAAUUUGGUGAAGGUUCCUACUAGAGAACCUGAAAUGAACAGUUCAUAACAUGAAAUGACCAGUUGGGAUAGGUUCCCAAAUCUUGAUAUGAUUUGUACUUUUAAAGUGGAUGUUUUAGAAAUGAUAUCAGUGCCAAAUUGAAGUUUCUGAUGUGUUCAAUGCAGUAAUAAUAAAAUUCAGUAUCGCAUUAAAAAUCUGUUGUUUCAAUAUCAAUAUCUUUGGACUUGAUGGGAUAGGAGUAGACAUUCACGUUUAAUGUGACAAUAUAUCCAGGAGAAUGACAAUGGCCUAAAUAGUACUAGCUCAUUUUCUAAGUUACCAGUAAUGAAUAAAUAAUGUGAAUCAAAGACAAAUGUUGUUUGUUUUUACAGAGACAUACAAUUUUAUAUGUCUAUGUUUGUAAGAGAACUUUACUUGCAAUAUUUGUGCUCUGGUGUAGCAGUUGAGGUUCAAGUCAAGGUUCGAAAGUGUAACAUGUUACACCCCUAUAACCAUUGGAAUAGCCCUGGGGGAAUAGCUUACCAGACAUCAACAUUUUGUUAUGUGCUUCAAGUUCUUUAAUGUUAACUGGGAGGCUAACUCUGUUCCAGACGAAAUUCUGAUUUAAUCAAUUUUCACCUUUCACAAAAAAUAGUUAGAAAAAACCUCAUGGGAAUUUAAGAUGGAAUGAAAAUAAUGCAGGGCUAUGCUUAUAAAGGAAUAAAUG